AUGGAGCAGUUUGAUGUUCGUGUAAAGAAUUACUUGAAAUUGGUAGGUUAUGAAAAAUGGGCUAGGGUAUAUGCAACAGUUGAUCGGGGAUUUGUUAUGACAUCAAACAUAGUUGAGUGCAUAAAUACAUGUCUGGUGGAAGCAAGGAAAUCACCGAAAUACAAUUUUGUUGAGGAAGUUAGACAGAUGUUUGCAAGAUGGAAUUUCAAAAAUCAUACAUUUUCUUCACAUACUUAUAGCACACUUUGUGGUAAACCUCAAGAGAUGCUUGUUGAUAAUGAAGAACAAUCAACACAUAUGAAGAUUGUACCAUCGAAUAAUUAUUUUUACAGUGUUCAUCAUGAAGGUAGAACAUUUAUUGUAUGUCUGAAAAAUAAAACUUGUACUUGCAAGAGGUUUCAAAUGGAUGAAAUAACAUGUCUGUAUGUGUGGGAUGUUUUAAAGACAAAGCAUUUUGAUCCUGGACCAUAUUGUUCUGACACGUACAAGCCAAGUAACUUGUUGAUUACAUACAACAUUCCAAUUACUCCCUUACCUGAUCCAAUCAAGUGGAAUGUACCUGGAUAUAUUAAGGAUGACAUAGUGCGGCCUCCAAAGUACAAACGACUUCUUGAAAGGCCACCAAAGAAGUAUCGUGACAAAGCGUACAACAAGCUAUAUGGAAAGAAGAGCAAGAAUUCUUGGAGUACUUUUGGGUAUAAGGGGCACAAUAGGCGGUCGUGUAGGAAUGGACCACGUAUUGCGUAG